UUUGAAGAACUUCCAUGCCCCCGAGCGGACUGCAAGGAGAAGGUUUUCCGCAAGGACCUGAGCGAACACAUAGAGAAGAAAUGCAAAUACCGCGAGAUGCCAUGUCAGUACUGCAAAAACCAGGUCCCACUAGCAGAAAUGCAGGUACUCCCAUCGAACAAGACUGUUUUGUAGCCAGUUUUAUGAAUUGCUAUUCUAUGUCGUCUUUGACAUGAGCCUUUCGAAGCCCAUUGACACACCAGAUGAACGCUCACUUAGCAGAAUGUGUGAACGCCCCCAGUACAUGCAGUUUUAAACGUUAUGGCUGCAGUUUCAAGGGAACAAACCAGCAAAUUAAAGCACAUGAAGCCAGUUCAGCUGUUCAGCAUGUCAACUUAAUGAAAGAAUGGAGCAGUUUUCUGGAGAGUAAGGUGUCCAUGUUACAGAAUGAAAGUUCAGAAAAGAACAAAAGUAUUCAGAUACUCCACAAACAGAUGUGUAACUUUGAAGUGGAGAUCGAGAGACACAAAGAGAUGCUCCGAAAUAACGAAGCUAAAAUCCACCAACUGCAGAGAGUAAUUGAAGGCCAAGCAGAAAAGUUAAAGGACUUGGAUAAGGAAAUCCAUAGCUUGCGGCAGACUGGGGAAGAUGCAGAUAAUAUAAAGAGCUCUCUGGAGUCACUACAGACCCGUUUGACUCAGUUGGAGACAAUAAGUAAGACUGCUGCUGCAUGGAAUCCUGGUGUCCUGGAGACCCAGAUUAACAGACAUGACCAGAUGUUGAGCGUUCAUGACAUCCGCCUGGCCGACAUGGACCUCCGGUUCCAAGUCCUGGAGACCGCGAGCUACAAUGGCAUCUUGAUCUGGAAAAUUCGCGAUUACAAGAGGCGGAAGCAAGAGGCCGUUAUGGGAAAGACAUUGUCUCUGUACAGUCAGCCAUUCUACACCGGCUACUUUGGUUACAAGAUGUGCGCCAGGGUCUACCUGAAUGGAGACGGCAUGGGGAAGAAUACCCAUUUAUCACUGUUCUUUGUCAUCAUGAGGGGAGAGUACGAUUCUCUGCUUCCUUGGCCGUUCAAACAGAAAGUAAGCCUCAUGUUAAUGGACCAGGGACCGUCACGCCGCCAUCUUGGCGAUGCCUUCAAGCCUGACCCCAACAGCAGCAGCUUCAAAAAACCCACAGGGGAAAUGAACAUUGCCUCCGGGUGCCCCGUGUUUGUUGCUCAGACGGUGCUGGAAAAUGGGACGUACAUAAAAGACGAUACUAUUUUUAUUAAAGUCAUAGUCGAUACAUCAGACUUGCCGGACCCUUGA